UCAAGAUUGUUACCUGUUAAUAUAAUAAUGGUGUUAUUUGCUGUGGAGGCGUUGCGUUAUGAAUCAGUCUAAAAAGCUUAUCGAAACCGUAACAGGAUGCUGGCUCAUUUCUUGUUCAUUGUGAUCUUAAGCAGCAACUUACCAAGUCACGCAGAAUCUUAGCACAAACAGCCAGAGAAAGUAAGCAAAACUGUUUGGAAGUUAAGUACCUGUCAGACUGGUACACACACCAGUUACACAACAAACUGAACAGACCGGUUGGGAAAUGUUGAAUACGACCUUGGUAGUAGGUACGUUCAAUUAAGCAGUUUGUAAAUAUUCAUAAAUAAAAUAAGUGUAUAUUGCAAGGUUGAAGUUUCUAAGGCGUGGCUAGAAGGAAUCAAGUGCUGAAAAUGUAUAAAAUGUGUGUUCCAGGAUUUAUAGUUCUAUGUGUAUUCUACCCAUGUAUUGUUUUCUCGAACUUUAUUGCCCAUGAGAAACCCAAGAGUGUCACAGUGGUCGAGGGAGAAACUGCAGUCUUUCACUGUCAUAUAACUGCGCAAGUGCGCGAGAGUUACGAUAUAGCGUGGUUUUCGGAAAGCCGUAACGCGUUCUUGAGUAAAAAUGGUCUGAUGCGUCACCAACUAAGCACAGAUACAAAAGUUCGAUAUUCGAUCACAAGAUCGUUAGCCCAUAAAUUCGACCUAAAAAUCGACAAUGUUAAAGUUGGGGACGCAGGAAAGUUUUUUUGUAUGUACGCAAGUCAAGACUCCCCCUUGCAGAUAGGAUAUUACAAUACCGUAGGACCGCCUGCUGAAUUAUUUGUAUUGGUGCCGCCGACUGAUAGUUCUCCGAAAUGUAUGAUUAAUUAUCUUUCACAUGGAGAUGUCGAUUUUGUUUGUGCAUCAGAAGGCGGUACUCCAACGCCAUUACUUGAGCUCUACAUGGGAGAUAUCAGACUACAACCAGAGCCAGAUAGUACAGAUCACUUGGUUUAUGCAAGAAUUAGGUUAACAGAAAAACAGAGAGGAGUGUACUUUAAAUGUGUAUUAAACAGCCAAGCUUUACAAAAGUCAAAAUCCUGUUCUUUGAUACCACUCCCUCCUAUCGUCCAACUAACACCAGAAAGGGGAAUUGUAAUAGAAAAUGGAAGUAUAACAUUCAACUGUAGUUCUUACGGCCUAGAUAACCCAAAAUACGAAUGGAAAGUGACACCUAAUUUGAUCCUUAGGCUUCCAUUCUCUUCUGAAUUGGAGCUGGGGAUUUUUACAAUCCACGGAGCCCACCUAUCAGACAACGGGUCUAAAAUAAUGUGUGUAGCUACUGAAGUAAAUGGAGAUAUGAUCGUGAGUGAAGAAGCAACUAUGAUAGUAGAAGAAAGAGUUAUCACCACUCAAAGAACCACUCAAAGAACAACGACUAUUGAACCCACUACUGAACUCAUGUUUAUACCGUUAAAACCCAAAGCAAAGCCUAACGCUGCGAUAGAUUUCUUUCAAAAUAAUGUACUUAUUUUGGCUGUUUGUGUAGCUGGUUUAUUUAUUGCGUUUCUUUCAAUGAUAGCUAUCGUUAUAAUUUGUAAACGAAAACGAAAAUCGUACGAUGUUAACACUAAAGUUGACGAAGUUCUCGUGGAUAAAACUUACACACCGUAUGAAAGUGUCGAUCAGAAAAUACUACUUAACGCUAAUUUGUUUUCAGAAAUGGAUAAAACAAAUGGCCAUACAAAGCAAAAUUCUGAGAACGGAAGUCCAGUGGUUUCACCAGCUGAAAGCCCUACACGAUCGCUUCCUCCCUCCUCGAAACGUUCGCCAACAUUCACUUCGAAACCCUCCCCAUGUCAAAGUGUAGAGCAAUCGCCUUGUACCAGUCCGACAAUACUCGGUAGUAGUUCAACUAGUAAACAAUCGACUCCGCUGUAUGCAAAACCUAUGAAAGGAGUAAAUCAGCUCAAGUCUAACGCACAUCACAAGCCUCCCACAUACGCUGUGCUUCAGAAGCGUACAUACGCCUUCCAUUUAUCAUUGGAAGAUAUUACCGGAACCCGUCCUUCAGAUGAUCCACAUAGCUCCACAGACGAUACUAGCUGGAGUCGGAAUAAUCACGGAAACGAGUAUGCCGAACUUACAGACGUAAUACCGACAAAAUAUAUUGACAACGGCAAAAAAUACGAAGAGAUUUCACCAACUAAUCAUGUGGACCCAACCAAGUUAAACGUCGAGGGACUUAAAUAUGCAGAUUUGGAAAUAAACAAGCAUUGCACUUCUGAAAUAAGGUCCGAUUCAUCAAUGAAAACACAGUACGCAGAAAUCGCUACACAUUGUGACGCAAUUUAACUUCAAUGACGCAUUUUAAUCACAAAUGACGUAAACGCUAAAGCGGUUUAAUAAUAAAGAAUAUCAUAUGAUCGCCAUUUGCGUCAUGAGUACAAUCAAACAUGAAAGCAUUAUGUCAAUGUCUGUUUCUCUAAGCAACAUAAAGCUGUAAUUGAGCAACUGCCAAAAUGUUUCACUAUAACAUCGUUGAAGGGAAACUGUACAAUAGACCACAUAUGCAAUUAUUUUUAAAGUUAAAUACAAUGUAAAAUAAGAUUACCUUUAUACAGUUUACUUAUAUAUAAUGUAUAAAUCAGUCCUAAUUAUAGCAAUUAUUUUUGUAUAGAUUACAAUUUAGCUGAUUUUGCCAAGAAGCGAAAAUAAAAUAUUUAAACGCCUCGAGAAACGUUUUAAUAAGGAAAUAAAUGAUGGGUUCUAUCAGAUAAUUUAAUUUGGGAGUCUGCUGAAAAAAAAACGAAAGUUUUAAAGAUAAUGAUUCAAUUAAUUGAACCAACUUUAAUGGAUAUUCCAGCCCCUUGAAUAUUGUUGCUUAAGUUCCCACAUAAACAUCAGCGUAAAAUUACGCACACGCGUGCGCUUAUAAAGUCGCUAUAUAUGUGGGACAAGCGAAUAUUCCAGACCCUCUUCUGAUUGGUAAGUUGUAAGUUCGAGUGAAACCUUGGAAAGGCCGACCAUUAUUAUUGUAUAAUAAAAGAAUUUAUAUAGCAUUUACAUUAUUUGAAUUGAAUAAAACAACAGAGAUAAGUGUUUGUGAAUUCCAUGAAUUUCUAAGAUAAUAUUAGUCCACUGUUCUAUUUUCUCUAUGGUUCUACUGUAUAUUUUGUGUAUAAUUACCAUGAACAGCCGCCAAUGGCACUAAGUUUAAGAUUUAAGCAAUCUAUAAUUCUGGCAAAACAAGCCAAACCAGUCACUCGUCGCAAAAAUCUAGUUAUUAAUACAGGGUUUAACAGUAAAAUGAGAGCUAUAAAAUGGUAAAA